AUGUCCUCAGCCCUGCGCCCAUUGCCAUCGACCCGGAACCGAUUGGGCCAAAUGGCUUCUCAAUUUUCGACCAGCAGCGCCGGGGUCACCCUCGCCGAGCUGCCUAAAUCCAAUGUUUUCACCUCGAAGCUACCGGCGGACCCGGCCUUCAAAACCCCGGAGGCCUCGCACAAGGCGCCGCGGGAGACCCUAGGGCCUCGGAUGGUCAGGGGCGCAUUGUUUACCUAUGUGCGCCCCGAGCCAGCAGAGGAAGCCGAGCUUCUGGGUGUCAGUCCCCGGGCCAUGCAAGAUCUGGGCUUGGAUCCCAGCGAGGAAAAUUCGUCACAUCUACAGGCACUGGUUGCCGGCAAUGAGUUUCCCUGGAGUGAAGAAAAAGGAGGGAUCUACCCAUGGGCGCAGUGCUACGGUGGUGAGUGGCUCACCCGAAGCUCCAGACGCAAGCGAAUUUUGAUAUCUAACCUCGGCUCAAAACGGCAGGAUGGCAGUUCGGCUCGUGGGCAGGCCAACUGGGAGAUGGCCCUCUUUGAAAGCACCAACCCGUACACCAACACUCGCUAUGAGUUGCAACUCAAAGGUGCAGGUAGAACUCCGUAUUCGCGGUUUGCAGAUGGCAAGGCCGUCCUUCGAUCGAGCAUCCGUGAAUACAUAGUAUCCGAGGCCCUCAAUGCCUUAAACGUGCCGACCACCCGUGCUUUGUCGAUCACCUUGCUGCCCAAAUCCAAGGUUCUUCGUGAACGGAUCGAGCCCGGUGCAAUUGUGGCGCGAUUCGCGGAAACCUGGCUGCGGAUUGGAACAUUCGAUCUCCUCCGAGUGCGAGGCGAGCGGGACCUGAUCAGACAGUUGGCUACGUAUAUCGCAGAGGAUGUAUUUGGCGGCUGGGGAAAUCUUCCUGCAGCCGUAUCUAUCCGCGAAGAGCAAUCGCAGGCCGAAAUAGACAAUCCUCGAAGAGAAGUUUCUCGAGAGAAGGUGCAAGAACACGAAGGGGCCGAAGAAAAUCGCUUUGCGAGAUUAUAUCGCGAGAUAACCCGACGCAAUGCUAAGACAGUCGCUGCAUGGCAAGCCUAUGGAUUCAUGAAUGGCGUUUUGAAUACGGACAAUACUUCCAUCUAUGGUCUUUCGCUCGACUAUGGCCCAUUCGCCUUUAUGGAUAACUUCGACCCUCACUACACUCCUAAUCAUGAUGACCACAUGCUACGGUAUUCUUACAAAAACCAGCCCAGCAUCAUCUGGUGGAAUCUGGUCCGACUUGGCGAGUCCCUCGGGGAGCUGAUCGGCGCCGGCGGCAGAGUGGACGAAGAAAGCUUCAUCAAGGACGGUGUCAACGAAGAGAUGGAGCCAGAGAUUAUCAAGCGUGCGGAAACCGUCAUUGAGCGAGCGGGCGAGGAAUUCAAAGCCGUAUUUCUGAACGAGUACAAGCGGUUGAUGUGCCAACGACUGGGCCUCAAGACGCAAAAGGAGUCCGACUUCCAGGACCUCUUUUCUGAAAUGCUCGACACCUUAGAGGCGCUGGAAUUGGAUUUCAACCAUUUCUUCCGCCGCCUCUCCGGCCUCUCGCUGUCCGAGCUGGAAACCGAAGAAAAGAGAGCCGAGGUUGCGUCAAUCUUCUUCCACGCGGAGGGAUUUGGCGGUAUUGGUUACACUGAUGCCUCCGCUCGGGACCGCAUCGCCAAGUGGCUUGAAAGCUGGCGAGCACGGGCACUGGAAGACUGGGGAGCUGAUAAAGAGGACGAAAGGAAGGGAGCCAUGAAGGCCGUGAACCCCAACUUUGUUCCCCGAGGUUGGAUUCUAGAUGAAGUCAUUGAGCGCGUGGAGCGAAAAGGUGACCGUGAAAUUCUAGGCCGGGUCAUGCAGAUGUGCCUCAACCCAUUCAACGAUGCCUGGGGUCUGGAUGCAUCAGAAGAGGAGCGGUUCUGUGGGGAUGUCCCCAAGUAUAAGAGAGCCAUGAUGUGCAGCUGCAGCUCGUGA